AUGCAGACAGUAUUCUGGCCAGGUAUCAAUGCAGAUAUCAAGAGUAAAGUAGAAAGCUGUGAGGCCUGCCAACAGCUUCUCCCUAGUCAGCAACAAGAACCUUACAUGUGUGACGACCAUCCAUCCCGGCCCUUCGAAAGCGUGUCAGCUGACUUCUUCCACGUAGCAGGGAAAUCCUUCCUUGUUAUUGCACAUAGACUUUCAGGCUGGCCUGUGGUUGUUCCCUGUGGACGUGACACAACUGCAGCCAGAGUUAGAAGAAUGUUCUGUGUUUUCUUCCGUGAGGUUGGUGUUCCACUUCGCUUACGAACUGAUGGAGGGUCCCCAUUUUCCAGCCACGACUUCAAGCAAUUUGCCGACCGCUGGGGAGUUCAUCACAUCAUUACUUCUCCACAUUACCCUCAGGAUAAUGGACAUGCAGAAGCUGCAGUGAAAGCUGUUAAACACCUUAUCAUCAAGACUGCCCCAUCCGGGAACAUAGAUUGUGAAGCCUUUGAUAGAGGACUGCUGGAGCUUCGGAAUACACCGAACCCCGCUGGACGCUCCCCUGCGCAGAUUCCCUAUGGCCAUCCUCUCCGCACUUGUGUUCCGGCUCACCCCAGAUCAUUCAAAGAGGAGUGGCAAACUAAGAUUGAAGAUUACGACCGUCGCACUGCUGCCCAAACCGACCAGGCCAUGAGCCUUUACAAUUCUCAUGCCCGCCCUCUACCCAAAAUCACCAUCGGCCAACGAGUUAGGAUACAGGACACAACGACGCUUCGAAAGGAUAAGGUUGGCAUCGUGAUGGGCCGCGGAAUGUCAAGAAAGUAUGAAAUAUGCCUUCCAAGUGGUCAAGUGGUUUCGAAACCGAAGACAUUUACGCCCAGUGGCUAA